GACGGAUGUAAAAUAUUUAAUCUGUUUAAGCAUUCACUAACUAGAAUGAAUUAUUCUUUACUGAUAGUUCUCAAUUUGAGCUGCUCGAAGUGUAAUAUUAUGCAGAAAGCGUGUGUGGGAUAGUCUUGUCACAGUAUUUUGUCAUGUCUUACCAAGUUUGAAAUGGAGAAGAAUGCAACAUGAUAGGUAUUUUGAAUUAUUUACUGAACAAAAAAGUGUCAUCUACAUGUUUCAUUUAGCACAGAUCUGUUUAACAUGAACUCAACGAUAGUUGAUAACGGCUCUUGUAAGUGUAAAUAUUUGACGGAGAGCAACGAACAAAAUAAAGUUGUAAUUGUUUCAUAAACCUCAGUGAUUAUUCAAGUACUUACCGUUCCCUAUCACAAAGGUACUGGAAAUUAGAGGAAAUAGAGAGAAGCUAUUUAAGGCAUUAAAGACGACUAAACACGUUUAUCGAGUAAAGGUUUGAAGGACAAGACAAGGUUGAAUGAUUCAUCUACUUGUUAUAUCAUCUCUUGUCUAAGUCCCCCUUCCUUUCUCUCUCUCUCUCUCUCUCUCUCUGCAUAUAUGUACUCCUCAGCAUGUCUUUUAUAAAUGGAGAUAAUUUCUAACCAAAGUGAUCGAAUCAUGUGGAUGAUAGCCUGCAACAGAUGUGAUAAGGCAAUGGAAUGCGUUGAUUCUUCGUUAAAUAUGCUGAUUGAUCUGUGAACUCUAAGGGCUGGUGCUGGGUAAUUGGACUAGGAGUUACUUUUUCCGCAUUUCCGCUCAGCUUUUUCUAUAGUCUUCGUUUCUUUCUCUUUUUUUUGUAUAUGGAUAUCCCUCAGUAUAUUUUUUUUGUAGUGGAUAGAGGACAUGGAAGGUCUAACUUAGAGCUUAGAACGAACGAUGGUUAUGUUACAGUGAAUCAAACGUUUAACUCAUUGUUUGUUUUGCCUUCAUUUGAACCUCUUUAAUUAGAUGUUUCGACGUUUGGGCGGAUUUCUGAUUGUCUUUACCACAUCAACUCUUACAAUAAUCCUUACAUGGAGCUUAAGACCCAAACUUUCUCCUUCCAUAAUUCGCAACAAUCCUAGCAGGUACUUCCCAAGAACCAUCGCCGAUUUAAACGUCCUCGUCGAUUAUUUCAGUAAGUACAGGUUAGUGGUUUUUAUUGUAAAAUUAGUUUACAACAAGAAAAAGUUGGUGUUUUGUUGGAUUUCUACUGCAUGCGAUGUUGUUCCAGAUGACCAAUAUUUUGCUUCGAAUUCUUUAGUCGUCUAUUUUAGAAAAUUUAGAUAGCUUCUCUGGUAUGAUCUGUUCAGUUCACAUAGGAUGCAAAGAUAACAUGAGACCAAAUGGCAUGUGUACCCAAGACCGAUCGGUGUUUUUCAGGGAGAAACAUUUUACCUAUCUUCUAAUAUUGUUCAGCCUUGCCUACUUGUACAAACAAUCGUUUGCUAUUCCUGGAUCUUUUGCAAUGAACGUGUUAGCAGGAGCGUUGUUUGGUUGUUGGAAAGCAUUACUUCUGGUAUGCCCAUUGACCGCUGUAGGUGCCUCAUGCUGCUAUCUGCUGAGUUUAUGGUUCGCAAAACCUUUCGUCGAAUAUUUGUUCUGUGAUCGGUUACAACGGCUCAGAUAUGAAGUUGCUGAGAAUCGGUAUAGACUGUUCAGCUUUUUAUUAUGUGCUCGAUUAUUUCCACUCACGCCACACUGGUUGUUAAAUGUUUGCUUACCGCUCGUGAACAUUCCACUGAGCAACUUCGCUUUAUCCAUUUUGAUUG